GCCCUGUUUUGGAGGGUCCGGUCCAUCUCAUUUUGGAGCUCUCCGGGAUGCAGACAUACCCCUCUCCUCAAAUCGAGCCCCGAUCUCCAUAUCAGCAGGUGGCGCUAGUACGGCACAGAAAGUGUUAAACAAACUGAUUUCAACUCGAAGAGGAAGAGAAAUAAUCAUAAGCAUAUCGUGUUGGCACACCGUAGUUUACUUGUUUAUCGUAACAAGCAAUAAGUAACAUUGGGAGUAAGAUAUGCCCUUGUUUCGGCAACUCGAACCUACACUGGACAAAGAACAUCCGAACAAGAAAAAGCGCAAGAAUAAAUGGACUCCGGAUGGGGACAGCCUUUCCACACUCGUUGGACUUUGUCUCCAAAGCCUAGCUGAGAACAUGAAAGACAUGUGGGUCAAAGAUUAUGCCCAGAAAUACAUGGACCAAUAUUUCUUCAGAUACGUCAUGGGUCCCUUCAGUUCACUACCGGGUGAGCUGCUGGAUGAGCUGUUGUGUAUCCUGUCUUCACGGAAUCUGUUGACACGCGCAGCCCUGCAUCUUCUCCUCCUCCCGCAGCUGACUUGUCUUUCUCUCAAAUCCGCAUGCAGCCUUGUGAAUGGCAACCUUUGCUCUCUUAUCCAGAUACGAUGCCAGAAUCUUCAGUCUCUGGAUCUCAGUGGUGCACAGAAUGUGUCGUCUUCAGUGCUGUGUGAACUGCUAUGUGGCCUACACCGUCUCAAUUCCCUCUCCCUGGCCGGAACCCUCUGUGAUCAGAGAGUACUAUCUGUGGUGAGCCGUCAAUUCCCCAUGCUAAAACACUUGGAUGUUUCCUGAUGCCUGCACCUUACCUCUGCCGGCCUGCUCCCUUUGGGCUGCCAAGUAUCAAACAAGAUGUCUACAAAGGCUUUAAGCAGUCUGCUUGCUUUGGAUAUCUGUUUGGCUGACAGUGAAGGUGAUGCAGUGGCUGCUGUUGCAUUCAUCCUGCUUAGCUUACCCAAGCUUCAUAGGUUGGCAAUAGAGGGUUUGGGACAGGCUUGUGUUCUCAUACAGAACAGAGAAUAUGAGGUGACUGAGGAGUUCACUAAUCGAGAAGGGGUGCUGAGUCUAAAAGACUUAUGGGCUAGGAGGAUACAAGAAGACCUGUUGAAAGACAGCAGCUUUAAGAGCACAGAUGGAGAGGAGAGUUUAAAUUUAGAAGAACAAAUAGAUGAAUGGUUGUCAUUAGAUGAAGGCCAGACUGAUGAGGUAAGACAGAAAGAUACAGAGACAGAUGGAUGCAUAGGGGUUACAGAAAAAGAUUAUGUAAAGGAUGGAGGUGUGACAACAUGUCUCAGGGAUGUACAAGGAUUGACUCUGGAUACCUUGGAGGCUGUAGGGAAUGUCUGCCCUGACCUUUGUGUCCUGUCAUUGGACUGUCUCCAGCGUAACGCUGACAAUGAAGAUAGUGCUGACAGCUUCAAACAGGCAGCCGUUUUAGCCAGAGGACUUGGUAGGUGUUCUGGCCAGCUACGCUGCCUUUCUCUUCAGUUUGCUGGUCUGAUGUCUGAUUUAGUUCCAGCGCUUCAAGCUGCAGGCUCACACCUGCUCUCGCUCACUCUGGAAGGGAUUAUAGCUGAUGGACACACUCCUUUACUGGAGCUCAUUCAUGCCUGUCCAAGACUCACCUCUCUCACUAUUCAUUUAGACCUACCCAGCACUAACUGGGAGGGAAAUGAUGAUGAUGACGAAGAGGAGGGUGAAGAUGAAGUCCUUAAUAAUCUGCCAUGUAUUCCAAAUCUCCGGUCUCUCAAACUAAACUUUUUCAUGGAUGAACAACGCAUGAUGCCUGCACUACGUUGGAGGUCUCUGAAAGGGGUGCUGUGGGCAUUAAUCAGGGGCGCUUCACUCCUUCAGAAGCUCUCACUAAUUGCUGUUCCCUGUCGAUUGGACCCUGUGUUCAAACUUGUCUUGAACCAUCUGGCCAAACCCCUCGGUGCUUUAGAUAGUCCCCCACUGCACUGCCUUAGAUCUCUUGGCCUGAACCGGUCAGAUAUCACCAUGGAGACAGUAGUUAAUUUAGUAAAUACUUGUACACGCUUGUCUAGUUUAGAUUUGAGUGGCUGCUGGGCAUUGACUUUGAGCAAAAUUACGAAGUUACAAAGCAAAUCCAAAAGGAGGCGCCAUACGCUGCAAAUAACAUGGACUUGAGCUGGGACAGACAAGGCCUUGCAUUUACAUUUAUGGGAGAAUGUUGAAUUAUAUGCUAUUGUUAAGGCUGACCAGUGAUAUCUUUUAACAUAACUAUUAGGCAAGACGUAAACAGCAGUGAUCCAGAAGUACUUCCUCUUACAGUUUUGUAACACUACACCAUUGUUAGAAAAAUACAACCAACAGAACAUUUACAUAAUUUAGACAAUUAUAUAUGUGAAAUAAAAAACCUAAAGUAUUUCUGCACCACGGUUGCUUAUGUCUUGCAAAAUGGUCUAUAACAGUGAUCCUCAACAGGGGCGUUGUGGCUAACAAGGGGGCUCCAGCUGACUUUCAAGGGGACCUCAAUGGGGAUGACUAAUAUUUUAAAAUUAGACCAAAAAAAUAAGCAUUGAAAUACAAUUACAAAAAGAGAUAUUUCUUAUUAUUUGUUUAUUCUGAUGAAUAAACAUUUCCAGUUAAUGUCGAGCUCUAAAAUAUUUUAUUGGGUAGAAAUUUUGAGUUUAGUGAGUGAGAGGGGGGCCUUUGAAUAUUGUUAAAAACAGUAGGGGGCUGUGGAGUCAAAAAUGUUAAGAAACCCUGGUCUACAGGACCUACCAAAGAAAUUAUGAUUCCAUGUUAUUAUUGCAGGGUUAAUAGCUUUCCUGUAGCUCAGUGGUAAGAGCAUUGCGUUAACAACGCAAGGUUGUGGGAACGAUCCCAGUGAUUGCACAUGCCUAUGUAUAAAUGUAUAGGAUAAAGCAAUGUAAGUUGCUUUGGAUAAAAGUGUCUGCCAAAUGCGUAAAUGUAAUUUAUAUUACAAACAAAUUUAAUUCAAUUAAAUGCAUGUAACCAUUUGUGAGAGAUUCAUUUUUACAGUUUUGUGGUGCCUUUUAUUUAUAUAGCACUUUUCAAGACAGAUAUCUGAAAACGGUUAAAUAAUAUUAGUUGUCAUGCACUGUAAAAAUCCUAUCCUAUCCAAAUUUCUAUAUCCUAAUACUACUACUACUACUACUACUACUACUAACCAAUUUUAAGCACAUUCCUAGUCUGUUAAUGAUCUAAAAUGCUAAGAAACUUACAUAAUCGAUCACAAGAUCUUUUUUCUUGUAUGUUACAACUUUAAAGCCAUACGGUGUUUUAAUGUUUCUGCACUUGUGUUGGAGUAAUUAAAUAUCUCUUUACAAUAAAUAAGGGGUGUAAAACUUUUGUUUUGCAUUGAUGUAUUUAGUUAUACAUUACUUUAGACGAGAAGAAAAAUAAAUACGCUUGGCAAAGUAUUUAUAGGCUAAGUUUUCACAAAUGUUUUGUUCAUUCAGCAACUCGCGCCUUAUUUUGUAGGUGUUCUCG